AUAAACUACGUACGUCAUUAUACGUCACUGUGCCAAUUGUACAAGAUGAGUUACACUGUUCCUCCAAGAAGACAGGCUCCUGCUGUUUAUAGGCGGCAACACAAUGCAACAGAGAGAAGUGGACCUUCUACAGAUGAUCCUCCAUCAUCUGCUUCUCCUGACAGUGCUAGACCCCAACAACAGCAACAGCAACCAAUACACAGCAGUAGAGGCUUUCAUAUUAUAUCACCCAAUCCCGAAAAGAAUGCAAAACUUCAACAAAGAGCAAGAGAAGAAGAAGAGGCUUAUAGCUCGUACAAAGAAAAAAAGAGAGCAAGUCAGGCUAGCAGAUUUGCUGUUUCAUCACGAUUGGGUGGAGAACGACUUUCUCCAUAUUCCAUUGAUGAAAUGAGAGAGAGGCAGGAGAGGACAGCAAAAAUGGAGGCAAAAAGAGAACCAAUAAGAAGACAAAUAGAAAGAGAGGAACGUAGAGCUGAACAAAUGAGGAAGGAAUCAGAAAAGAUAGAAGAGCACAAAAUGAGGCAAAGAGAAAAGAGUGAAAGACUUGAGAGACAAAGAGCACUGACAGAACCAGCAAGACAAGAAGAGAUAAGGAGGAAAAGAUUAGAAUAUCUCGAAAAGAAGUGAUACAGUUUUUCGAAAUAAAGCUGCAUUAAUUUUAGUAACUAUAUAUA